AACACAUAUUGAUUAGGUUCAAAUUCGAUAUAUGCAUAGCAGGCACUCUAGUGGUCAAUUUCAUAAAGGCGCCAGAAAAAGUUUGCCGCGUUUUGGUCAUCACCUGUUGCGUGCGACAUGUAAUGCAUACUGUGUUUGAUGUUUAAUGUGUUUACUCUAAGUGUUGUGCAUUUUCGGUGAUAGAAUGAAUAAAUAGUUAUCAUCAUAAUUCAGAUUCUUGCUGCAAAUGUAUACCAAAAUAUUUUAAAUAUCAUUUCUUAUAAAGAAAUUCCAUACUGAAUAGAUUAUUACAUAAACCGAUUCAUAAUGCCUGAUUAUCUUUCCACUGAGCUUGCAGCCACUUGUGCUGCGCUAGGUUAUUAUGAUGGGUCUAAAUAUCAUUUAGACAAACAUUGCUUAGAUGUUAUAAAGGAUUUAAUUAAAUAUCUAAGAAGGGAUAAUGAAAAUCAUGUUGUACGCCAAUUUCUUGGGCAAGCUAAACUGCUUCAAACUGAUCUUAUCAAAAUCUUUAUUGAUCAUUCUGAUAAAUUAGAACUUUGGGAUGUAUUGUUAAGGUUAAUCAUCAAUUUAACAAGUCCAGUUUUCUUAGUAUAUAAUGAACAAAUUCCUACCGAUAAAGUUCAGCGUGCAACAUAUCAAAAACUUAUUUCUUAUACACAAGAUUAUAAAAUAGCAUUAACAGAUGAUCGCAUAUGGACUGCAUUAAACAAUCGUUUAAGUGAACUUCUUAAAUUAGAUAGUGCAGAAAGGGGGGAAGAAAAAGAAAUGAUUAUUGAAAGAAUUCUUGUCUUUGUUCGAAAUGUGUUACAAAUUCCUCCAGAUGAUAAUGAAAAACGUGUUGAUAAUGAUGUUACAAUCCAUGAUGAGGUUCUAUUUGCAUUCAAUGCAUCUGGACUUGUUGAUAUGUUAUUGUUUAUCGCUAGUAAUAGAAGUGAGGAACAAUACCAUUUGCAAGUGUUAGAGAUUAUAUCGUUAAUGUUGCGCGAUCAAAAUGCGAGUCAGUUAGCAAGGUCUGGGCUGCAACGUAGUACAACUGAAAAAGAAAGAGAUGAAGCAAUACUUUUAGCUGCUCGUCUUAAAGAAAAACAAGAGAAAAUGGAAAAAAUUCGAAAGUAUGCAGGUAGCAGGCAUUUUGGCGGCACGUACGUCGUCCAGAAUAUGAAAGCUAUCGGAGACAAUCAGCUGUUAUGUCACAAGCCCUAUCAGAAGAUCGAAGCUCUGAAUUUUGGCAGAGACAAGAAAAAAAUGGCAAUACCGAAAAAUAAACGGCCUAUGAAAGACCCCAGAAGCGAACGUUUAUCUACGCUGAGUGUGAGGCUGUUUUUGAAGGAGUUUUGCGUUGAAUUCUUGAAUGCCGCUUAUAAUCCUGUGAUGAAAUUCGCAAGAUCCAGUAUUGUCGGCGCAAAUCAUCCAGAUCCGUCUGAAUCUGUUUGUUAUCUUUGGAUUAUGCGGUUUUUCAUGGAAUUCAAUCGACAUUAUACGUUUGAAGUAAAAUAUGUCAGCGAAACAAUAUCUACGGAAACAUUUUACCUAGUGCAAAAACAGAUGGACCAUUACUACGAGAUGAUGACCGUCGAUAAAAAGAAAAUUCCAGUUUGGUCUCGCAGAUUGCACAUAGCAUUAAAAGCUUACCAGGAACUUUUGCACACUCUGAUAGCGAUGGAUCAAAGCAAGGACCGUGGUGUUCGCGAAUCCAGCAAAGUUAUCAAAAGCAACGUGUUCUAUGUACAAGAAUAUCGAGAAACGGUGCUCUCGCAACUGCUUUGUUUCGACGAGAUCAAAAUGUCACGACAAUAUUUGAUUGAUCUACUAACGACAGCGCAUAUCUUUCUGAAAAUGCUGGGCCAUCACUGUGGACACAAUCGCAGUGUGAUUGUUCAACAAGUGAAGCACAAACGUCACAAGAGUGGACAUAAGAAAAAAACUGUGCAGAAAGAACAAGCUCCUCCUCGAAGUUUGGAGGAACGUUGGGACGAAAUUAGUCCACAAUUGUCAAUCGUAAUGCGAGAGGGAACAAUACCUGAAGUUGUGCCAUUUGAUGCGACCUUGGAUACACCUAUAGAAGAUCAAAAAGUCGAUGCUAUGAAGAAAAUACAGAAGUUGUUGCGAUCGAAAUCUUUGGAACAAGCAGUUGGCCUUCUUCGUGCAGCAAGGGAAGUUUGGACCGAAAACGACUGCUUCGGCAAAGCUGAUAUUACGCAAGAGGAGGAGUUCCUAGCACUGCGGGACAUUUUCGUUGCAGACCUGGGCGUGGUCGAAGAAGAUCCCGUCACACAAACUGACUCAACUCAACAAGACACCAUUGAAACUCUACUCAAUGACGAUCCAGAGGAAGAUGAAGACGAGGAGGAUGAAUCCGAACCACGUUCUGUUGCGGUGGAAUCGGAUUUCAGUUUCCCUGACUUCGUUCACAGAUUUGCCAACGUGAAAGUUGUUAGAGCUUUGCUGAUCUUGCUACGACAAUUUGAUAAGAACACUGAUGAAGUAAACCAUUACGUUAACAAGAUGCUUCAUCGAAUUGCUUGGGAUUGUAAAAUGCCUGGAAUGAUGUUUCAAGCAUCGAUGUUCCGUGUUUUUCAGAGAAUACUUGAGUCUAAGCAUCCUGCUCAUAAGGAACUUCAGAAGUUUGCGAUCUUCAUAAUUCGCCGCUUUAUCGAAGUCGCGCAGAAAAACCGGAAAGCGUACAUGGAGCUGCUUUUUUGGAAGACCACUCGAGAUGCGGCUGAAGUCGUUGACGGUUAUAACGCAGAAACGGAUAACAAGAAACCUCCACGAAGCUUCUGGACCGAGGCCCAAGAGGACGAGUUACGCACCCUCUUUAUGGAACAUCAGACUAACAACUAUCCCCAGGAUGUCGUCGAUUGGAUAUUGGAAAACAUUAAUCAAGAACGAACACGACGUGGCAUCAUAAAAAAACUGAAAGAAUUGUGUUUGAUCGUCAAUUCUAAGAGUGUUCGAAGCGAAGUUCAAAAGAGGCUGCCAAAAGAGUGGUCCGAGGAGGAAGUCGCUCAGCUAACGGACCUCUGGGAGCAACUAAAAAAUGACGAAGAUCCCGUGGAGCUGAUCUUCAAUGGGCUUACAAUAAAGCGGCCGAAGCCAAAGAUCAAGGAGAAGCUUUUGGAAUUAGGAUUGGCCACGGAUCGUAAGGAGCUGCGCAAGAAACGAUCCAAAAAAAGCAACCACGGUAAAUCGUCGUGGGAAACGCAGUCUGCUAGUAAUUCGGAAGAGGAUGAAAGCAGCGACGAAGAAGCUGGAAAAUCCUCGUCCCGUAAGAACACGGCUUCCAAUAAACCGACCGGUAAAAAAACAAAGGCCAGCAAGAAGAAGCAGCCAACUAUAGUCUACACGAAUGCACAAUUAUCUGGGCUGUUGAAGGAUAUUAUCGAAAAAGAUAUGAACGAAGCACUUGAAUGGCUGAAGGAAUCCUUACUGGAUGUUCUGGACGAUCGAGACGAGGAAAGCUCCGAAGGUAUCCCUUUAGUCCCUCUGACAGAUUAUUCGUCAGCCGCGAUGGAUUCACCGAGCUUUCAAAAGCUUAUUCGAGCUAUGGGAUUCACACCUCCUGCUGAUGAACAGGAAUGUUAUUGGCGCAUACCAUCUAAUAUGCUUAAUUCGACGAUUCAGAGGCACUGCAACCUUAUCGACGCCGCACUGGCAGGGAAUUUCGUCGUUGAAGAACCCAGAGCAGCUUCAACAACGGCAGAAAUAGAGAGCGAUAAAAAUGAUGAAAGUGACGACGACGAUGUUUUAGAAAAUAUUAAAAAGUAUUUUAAAAAUUCAGCCGAGCCAGAAGCAUCGACUUCUCGCCAGUCCGAUUCAGAAACCAGCGUCCCUUCUAAAUCCACAUCAUCGAAAAGUGUAUUUCCUUCAAAAUCGACGGAACACAUUGAUACUGAAGUGGAUGAACCCGGAAACUCGCAAACUGUUGAAGAGCCGAAUAAAGAGAAGAGAAAAUCUGGUGGUCGUGCAAAACUACUUAUCGACUCUUCCGAUUCUGAGUUGGAAACUGAAACAAUCCACGACACUGAAGACGAUGGAAAGAGAAAUCGAUCAGACAGUUCGGACAAGGAGAAUGGAACGCUGAAGAAACGCCGCUUGUUGGACAGCGACGAAGAAACUGAUCCGCUAACAUCUGUAGACACCGAGCAGAAACGUAACAGAACGAUAAUAAGCGACGACGAAGAAGAAUUCGCGGAGAAGAAACCUACUCAGCAAAGAACAUCCCGCAUGAUAAUUAGCGACGACGAAGAUUAAUGCCAGAAGACAAUUUUACUUACAUUUUAUUCCUUUAAACAUUUUUUAAACUAUGUGCCUUAACCUUUCAUGUUAACUCUAGUUUAUACGACUCAUUGUACUUUUUGUGAAAAUAAAGA